AUGGGCACCAGCUCAAGCAAACCUUCAAAAGCCAUGAAGAGCAGCAACAUAACAGAGAAUACCGCAUUAUAUAUUAAAAUUGAAAAUGAUUCAUCAUCCAACAAAUCAUCAAAGAAGAAUAAGAAUUCAACUAAGGUUCCGAAGACGAGUGAUGAUACUAGUAAAUCUACUAAGGCGAGUAAAAAGGCACAGGUAACAUCUACUGAACAUGAUUUAUAUAGUAUUAAAUUGGAUGCUUCUUCUUCGGGUGAUGCUGAAUAUUCAAAUCAUAUUGAUCACUUGGCUGGUCCGAUAUUGUUUUCAGCACCUCACGGAUUGCAAGUUUAUAGAGGAGGAGCAAUUUCAAAGAAAGAAGAGAGUGUUCAUGCUAAAGAAAUAUAUACCAAUGAAAUUUGUCUGCUUCUUUCUUUGCAUGUGAAGAAAUAUUUGGGAAUUGAGGGAAGUUUCAUCAUGUGGAAUCCUAAAACUGCAAAAGCAAAGGAUAAGAGUAAUUUGGAUCCUAAUUAUCUUGUGGAAAAGCAAUUUAUGAGUUCACCAUUCCACUUAUUCCUUCUCAAGAUGAAGAAUCAAUAUUCAGGAUUUCCUACCUUACAUGUUGACCUUCAUGGUAAGGCAAAUGCAAAAAAUGACAGAAAUCUCGAUAUUGGAACUAAACCAAUGGAAGUAUUAUGGAAAGAUUUGAAAGGGUUUCAACAUUUCAAGAAGGAUCUUUGUGAUAAUAUUCAACUUGCUGUUUCAACAUGCAAUAGGACCUAUUCUGGAAUGAAACUGACCAUUGACAGUGAACCACACUUGCAUGGAUAUUGGGGUGAAAAUACAGUGACAACAAUAAGUCAUCAAUCAGUCAUGUUAGGAAUGCCAGCUCUCCAAAUAGAAAUACCAAUGGAAGUGAGAAAAGAUAUGAUUAGUAAUGAGGCUCUUUUGGAUGAAUUGGCAAAAGCAAUUGUGGAAACUUACAAAAAAUCUGUUCUUCAACUCUUUAAUAAGGACUGGGAACAGGUGGAAACGAAAAUUUCAAAUGUAAUGAAAGAAUUAUCAUCUGAUGACCAAGUUAAGAAGCACAACCCAACACAUUUUGAUGAAAUGGCAUCUCAAAUGAUAAGGGAAUUUGCUCUUAUAGAAAAGAAGCAAAAAGCAAAGAAGCAAUAA